GGCCAAAGUGAGACCAAACAGCACAUUGGCGUCUCGGACGUCGACAGUGCCCAUACCUUUAUUGCAGCAUCCCUUCUCUGAAUCUGGUAUGACUGCAUUAGGUUUGGGCACAGCAGCCGCUUUGGCUGCACUGUCAGCAUCAGCAGGUCUGGCAAAUGGUGCACUUGGAUCUACUGGUUCGUCGGCGAGUCCCACAUCAGCCGCUGCUGCAGCCGCCGCCGCUGCCGCUGCUUAUGGCGCACAUCCGGCCGCUGCUAUGUUUAUGUUACCAACACUUAACUUCACUGUCAGUCAAGUGGCAGCUGUUUGUGAAACACUUGAAGAGAGUGGAGAUAUUGAACGACUCGGAAGGUUCUUGUGGUCACUUCCUGUGGCUCAUCCCAACUGUGCUGAACUCAAUAAAAACGAAUCUGUAUUAAGAGCUCGAGCUUUAGUGGCCUAUCAUUCCGGACAAUUCAGAGAGUUAUACCAUAUCCUCGAAAAUCAUCGCUUCACUAAAGGUUCGCAUUCAAAGCUACAACAUAUGUGGUUAGAGGCCCACUAUCAGGAGGCAGAAAAACUCAGGGGUCGACCUUUAGGACCCGUCGACAAGUAUAGAGUAAGGAAGAAGUAUCCAUUGCCACGAACCAUAUGGGAUGGCGAACAGAAAACACACUGUUUUAAGGAAAGGACCAGAUCUCUACUCAGGGAAUGGUAUCUUCAGGAUCCAUAUCCAAAUCCAACCAAAAAACGCGAAUUAGCCACCGCUACGGGUUUAACACCGACACAAGUGGGCAAUUGGUUUAAAAAUCGUCGCCAAAGAGACAGAGCAGCGGCAGCUAAAAACAGAUUACUUCACCAACAAAUACAACACCAGAAAAUGCAAAUACAUGGCGCCGGCAAUCGAGGCUCUUCUACACAUUAUUCUAGUAGCGGUAGAAAUGGUGCAACAAAUCUGAGCUCAUCCAACACAUCAUCACUAAAUAGGUUCAGUGUGGCCGCAUUGGCCGGUACGGCAUCGGACAGCAGUCGAAAAUCACAUCUACUGAAUGUUACGUCAGAUGAAGAAAAUAGUAUCGCCUCCUGGGAUGCAGAGGCCGAUGACGAUGAAGACGAUGAUGACGAUGACGUCGAUGUGGGACCUCUCAGUCCAACCGCUGUGUCCACAACAUCGGACUCCAGUCGGGGAGGAAGCAGUCCGUCGAUAUUGUCAUCUAAUAAGUUAAGCAAAUAAGUGCUGCAAAUAUUUAGUAGUUAUCAUUCAUCCGAUAUAUGAAGUGCUUAAACAUAUGAUCAGUUGUUUUGUCAGCGGAGGUGCUCUUAGUUGAAGCACAAGAGACAGUCAACUUAAUCAGUGCUCUUCUGUGACUGAAUCCAAUUAUGAAACAAACAAAAAAACGGUUAAUAAUUAUUAAUGAUAUAUAAUUGGUUGAUCUGUUU